GAAUUUUCUCUUUUCAGUUUCUUAUUAUAUUUGCGUUAGCCCUCCGCCUCCGCGCCUCUUUGAGAUCUGCCGCUCCGCCUCCGUAUUCCUCUUAAACCCUAGAUACAACCGCCGCCGGUCCUGCGGGCAUACUCGCCGGACUUUCCAUAUCUAGAGAAUUUGAAAGCAGAGAAAGAGAGGGAGAGAGAGACCGCAUCCGGUUUUGCUCUCGCGCUCGCUCAAUCCUAUCCGACGCGCGUCCAGGUAUUUGUCGGAUAAUCGAUUACUGAUGGCAGCAGAAGCGGCGGCAGCGGCAUCUCAGCAACCUGUAACUGCGCAAGUUGUUGGGAAUGCAUUCGCUCAGCAGUACUAUCGCAUACUGCACCACUCCCCGGGUCUUGUUCAUAGGUUUUAUCAGGAUGUCAGUAAACUUGGUCGUCCGGAAGAGGAUGGUUCCAUGAGCAUCACCACCACCAUGCAAGGAAUCAAUGAUAAGAUUGUAUCACUCAAUUACGAGGAGUUUAGAGCUGAGAUUAAGUCAGUUGAUGCACAAGAUUCUUUAAAUGGUGGUGUUCAAGUUCUUGUAACUGGUUAUCUGACAGGGAAGGACAACACCAUCCGCAAUUUUUCUCAAACAUUCUUCCUUGCCCCACAAGACAAGGGGUACUUUGUUUUGAAUGACAUGUUCCGAUAUGUUGACAAUGCCACAGUCAAUCCAUUACCUCUCAAUGAUGUUGGGCUACCCAAUAUUGUUGAGCCAAAUGCUGCUGAUCCAAUUCCUGCUCCAGCUCAAGAAAAUCAUGUUUCUGAGCAGAUGGCUCCAUCUGCUGAUGAAACUGUUGCUCAAGAAAAUCACAUCGCACCUGAAAAUGGAGAUGUGAUUAGUGCUGAAGAAGAAGUCCCUGUUGCUGAGGUCAUUAAUGAAGUUCAGGAUGAUGCACAAUUGGUGGUUGAAUCCAGUGCCAAAAUUGAAGAAGUGCCUAAGAAGUCGUAUGCUUCUAUUGUUAUGCAUCUGAAGCAAAAUGCUGGUAGCUUCUCACCCCCUCCAGCUGCUGCUCGUAAAGCACCAGCAAAGAGCGUGGAGCAAGCAAACCUGUCUUCUGUAUCCACAACUGAAGAACCAGUUCCCAGUUUGGAUUCUACGUAUAAUGAGCAUAACCAAGAGGGUGAAGCUGAUGGUUGCUCAAUAUAUAUUAAAGGACUUCCAAUGAAUGCUACUGAAUCACUGCUGGAGGAAAUCUUUAAGAAGUUUGGUACUAUCAAGAACGAUGGAAUUCAAGUUAGAAGCAACAGACAACAAGGGUUCUGUUUUGGUUUUGUGGAAUUUGAAGAGGCAAGCUCCGUGCAAAAAGCCCUUGAGGCUUCUCCGGUUCCCAUAGGUGGGCGCCAAGCGGUUGUUGAAGAAAAGAGGUCUACAAAUUCUCCAGGGAAUAAUCGAGGGAGGUUCCAACCUGGACGAGGUUCUGGGUUCCGAAAUGAAGGAAUUAGAGGGCGUGGUAACUACAGUGGUGGCAGGGGUUACAACCGAGGUGACUUCAAUGGCAGGGGUGAUUUCGGAAACAGGACUGGCAACCGGGGAGGAGGAUCCUCCAACCGUGAUGGAUAUCAGAGGUCCGAUAACUUCAGCAACAAUGGUGGUGGGCGUAUGAACCGAGCUGGUGGGAUGUCUAAUGGCACUGCAAGAAACACUAUGCCUCGGGUUCCUGCUACUGCUUGAGGUAUGCAUGUUGGAACCAAGUCAGGGUGUGAGAUUUCAUUAGGCAUUAUUUUCCCCAUAUAAUUUGCCAAUUCUUAGUAGCCAAAUACCCACCACCCCACCCCACCCCACCCAAUGUCUCCAUCCAUCAUAUUUCAGCUCCAAAAUUUUUGUCAGCAGAAUCUCCAACAAGUACUAAUUUGUCUGAAAAAGAGUUUUCCAUUUGUUGGUUAGAUAUGGUAGUUGAGAUUUUAGUAGAGGUCGGAUCGUUCAUAAUCAUAGGAAUGGCAGGCAGGCAGUUCUUGAAUCGAUUCCAAGUUGGGCAAUUUGAAUUUCAGGUGAAUGUCAUUGAUGUCGAAGGAUAUGUGAUAUUAAUUCUCCUCUUAUUAUAAAUGAUCUUUCGUAUAGGUA